AUGUAUCCGCCAAAAAUAGGAGAUAGAAGUAAGUUCAAGGGUGUUUCGUUCCAUACUGCGGAUUGGCCAUGGGAAGGUGUAGAUGUGAAAGGGAAAAAAGUAGCAGUAACUGGUACUGGUGCGUCUUGGGUGCAAGUUGUACAAGAAAUUGGACACGAGGUCAAGGACUGGAUUGUAUUUCACCGUACUCCUAAUACUGCAUUACCCAUGAGACAACGUACUUAUGAUUAA